AUGACCAAAGCCGCCUACCAGCCGCCUGCGUAUGAAGCCAUCGCAGGUUGUCAACUUGCACUCUUCGAAUGGGCCGAAAGCUACGACAGCAAGGACUGGGACCGCCUUGCCAAGUGCAUCGCCCCAACACUGCACAUCAACUAUAGCUCCGUGAUGGGUCAGGAAUGGGAGUCCAUGCCCGCCGACGACUUUGUCGCGCUGGCGUCGAGCGCCAAUUUCCUAGGCAACGCGCGAAUCAAGACACAGCACUUGAUCGGGGCCUCGAAAUGGGUGCAGACGGGAGAGGACACGGUCACAGGGUAUCACCAGAUGCGCGUGGCGCAUCAGAAGUAUGGCGAUGAUGCGCUGUCAGAGGUGUUGGUCAAGGGCCAUGCGCAUGGGAAGGCGACGAUUCAGUACCGGAGGGUGGAGGGCGAGUGGAAGUUUGCGGGGCUGGAACCGGACAUUCGAUGGAAGGAGCAUGAUGUUGAUGGGAUCUUUCACGAGUAG